AUGUCAGAGAUUUCUAUUCAUAUUCGACAUUGCAUUUUGUAUGAGUUCCAACUGGGGAACAAUGCAAGUACUGCUGUGCACAAUAUAUGUGCUGCACUUGGUGAAGGUGUUGUUGCUGAUCGCACUUGUCAAGAUUGGUUUAAAAGAUUUCGGGAAGGUGAUAUGUCAUUGGAAGAUCGUCCACGGUCUGGACGUCCUCUGGAAAUUGAUAUUGAACAAUUAAAAGUCCUGAUCGAAGACAAUCCACGAUUAACUCCAGUGAAUUAUCAGCUGUGCUUCUAUGCAAUCACUCCACCAUCGAUCGGCAUUUACAUGAAAUUGGAAAAGUUAGUAAACUUGAAACAUGGGUUCCACAUCAACUAAGCUCGGACAAUAUACAGCAAAGAAUCACCAUAUGCAAUUCUUUUUUGUCAAAACGCACCCGACACAAGUUUCUUCAACAGAUUGUCACUGGUGAUGAAAAGUGAGUCCUGUAUGUCAACCAUACACGCAAGCGUCAAUGUGGGUCAAUCCUGAAGAUUUGCCUGAACCUUAACCAAAAAACGACCUGCAUCCGAAAAAAAUUAUGCUGCCGAUCUGGUGGGAUUUCGAAGGUAUUAUCUACUGGGAAUUUGUACCACCUAAUACCACGGUCGACUCGAAGCUUUACUGCAAACAACUUGAGAAUUUGAAAAUUGCACUACAAGGAAAUCGUCCAGAAAGACGAAAAGUUCGAUUGCUUCACGAUAAUGCAAAACCUCAUAUCUCAAAAGUUACUUGCCAGAAGCUGGAAGAAUUAUGGUGGGAGGUCUUACCUCAUCCACCAUAUUCACCAGAUCUGGCACCUUCUGAUUAUCAUCUGUUUCGGUCGCUCCGCAAUCACCUGGUGAAAAAGCAUUUUGAUGAUCGACUACAUCUAAAAUCGGACCUCGAGAGUGUCUUUUCGUCUUUAUCAAAGAAAUUCUUUGAAGGUGGCAUUCUCGAUUUGCCUAAAAGAUGGGAGUAUGUCAUAGACAAUAAUGGUAUAUAUGUUGUCGAUUAGUGACAUUUUGUUUCAAUAAAAUCAUGAAACAUUGAAAAGAAAAAAAAUCGGCGGAGACUUUUGCACCAACCCGAUAGUAGAGGAGUUAACAUCGUACACUGAGAAUAGCGAUAACGCUAAUCUUCCAGUUUGUCAUUGUGAUCACAAUAAAAUAAAUGCUGCAGCAGUAACGAAAAACUAACCAUCCAUCUCUCUCUCAUUCAAUUUUUCGUU